AUGCGUGUCGCAAUUGCUGGAUCGGGUGACUUGGCAAGCUACCUCGUCGAAGAGUUCACCGCAAAGGGCCAUGAUGUGGUGGUGCUCACUCGCAGCUUGAAACCUCGAUUCAAUGAUCUGCCAAAGGUGACCCAAGUGGUUGUUGAUUACUCGGUGGUUGAAUCAAUUGUCAGUGCAAUCUCGGACUGCGAAGCCAUGAUCUCGACUAUUCUCGACUAUUCAGAGGGGUUCAUACAUGUCCAUCUCGCCCUAAUCGAGGCGUGCAAACAGAGCCGCCUCUGUAAGCGGUUCAUUCCUUCCGAGUUUGGUGGCAACAUUGAAACGCACCCCCAUCAGCCGGAGUUCUAUUUCAGUACCCGUGAGCCUGUGCGCAAGGUGCUUCGUGAGCAAACCGAAUUGGAAUGGACUCUGAUUUCUGUGGGCUGGUUAGUCGAUUACGUUGUCCCGGCAAAGAAUCGGUAUCUCAAGGAUAUUGGGCCUGCAUUCCCAAUUGAUGUUGCCAACCAAACAAUGCUCAUUCCGGGUACUGGAUUCGAGCUGUUCAACGUUACAUGUGCCCGGGACGUGGCAAAGAGCCUCGUUGCUCUGCUGAACAGCGCGAUAUGGGAUGAAUACACCUACAUCACCGGGGAGAAGACAUGCUGGGCGGAUAUUGCCCGCACCUUCGCCAAGAAGUAUCCUUCUCUUUCUGUGACCCAUAAAGAUGUGGCAAAACUCGAGCAGGAGGCAAUGGCAGGAGGAGAUGAGGCUCUUUUCGCCGAAUAUCAACUUUUUUCUGUCACCGGAGCAGCUUGCUUCGAUGAUGCUAAGGUCUAUGAACAGAGAGAGAGAUUUUUCCAAGGGAUUUGCUUCCGCAAAAUCCAGGAUCUUCUUGAAGCUGUUGAUAAGGACAAUGAGGUUAUCGUUUAA